AUGGCGCGUCCCAAAAUGGUGCGCGCCCCAACAACGGCCAGUCUCCCAAACAACCUCCGCAUUCCCUCGACAACUCCCUCUCUCGUGAAGACCCUCGGCAAACUAUCUCGCCAAUCCCUACUAGACUUGACCCAGCUGUGGCUCGAAGAUAGGCAUGUCGCCGCUUUUCCGCCAUAUCUACAGCGCGACGACAACAGUGGCGAGGAUGAGGAAAUUCUUCCGUACCCCGCGGCAGAAACAAUCGACGAGGUUCGCCAGGUAUACCAGGACUUCCGGGAGCGCAAGGGCGGCAAGCGAGAAGUCCUCGAGCGGAUUGUGGAAGGCGAUUGGCGACAUGGUAUUACUCUGCGACAGCUGGCAAUGGCAGACCUGCGCUACAUGGACGAUCACCCGGCCAGCCUGCGAUGGACCGCGCUGGAGCUCAACCGCAUCGACCCACGGCGGAAACAGUCUGCCAGCAACUCAGCAUCGACGGACUGGUCGGCGAGUGUCCCGCGCAUCCAAGCUGCAACCUUCGUGCGGGCUCUCCAGCGAGAGAUUGCUCCUCUAGUGAAAGCGCAUUACCACCUCGCUCGCUCAUCCACCCUACCCCUAACAUUCCUCCGGAUAUUUGUCGUGGACUCGCCCUAUCAAUCUCCGCGCCAGACAGCGGAUAUCUUCACCGACUCAUCGCGAGUCAUCUAUGUCGCGUUCCCGGACAGCUGUCCCUUCAUCUACACGUCCGUUUCGGCAUCCACGGGCCCCAAGGCCGCCGCUACUCCUACCGCUCACUCCGUGGCGACCGAUUCCCGCAGUCUCCAACGACUCGUGCGCGAGGCGAUCCCCAAAGCUCUCUCGCGCCCCCAAGAACGAUAUACCCUCAAGACGACAUCGCUGGCCGCGAAGAAUCUGCCGACUCUGCUAGCGGUCCGUGGUCCUGGCCGGUCCAACGCCGCAAAUGGCUCGUUUAGCAUCUUCGCCGAUGCGGUGGUUGAAGGGAGUCCGUUGGAUCCCCGUCCUGCCAACACGGUCACCCCGGAGGAGUAUAUUCAAGGAGGAAUUCUUGCGGCGUCAGAAGACAAUGCGAACCGAGGAAACACAGAGGGACUGCCCCAUCCAGACUCGAAAACUAAACGCCCAGGUGACGAUCACAAUUCCACGCCUCUAUCCCCGUCAUCCAAGAAACGGCGUCUCGCAAUCCAUUCCCGCUUCGGGACGGCAGGGUCAUCUAUGGCGCAGGCACCGUUGGAUCGUCUGGAUAUCCGUCUUCUAGAUACACCUGGGCAAGGAGACGCUGUCUCACUCAGUUUCGCGGGGACGGAUGUUAUCAGCGGGAUCCGCAGACUUGCAGAGUUGGGCAUUGUUGAUCCCGAGCGCAUGCCGUCGUGGAUGACGGGCGAGGAAGCUGUUAGCAUGGCGGUUGUCCGGAGGGGGAAACGGGUCCGGAAGCAUCUGUAA